ACACUGUAGCCUAUGCCCAGACAACCAAUGGUUUAAAAAAAAAAGAAGAAAAAAACACGCCUCCGCCAAUGAGUCAAGCUCAGAACGGAGGUAAGAUUAUCAGGGAUUCUCAGUUGCAGCGGACCUGCGUGUCCACAGGGAAUCGACCGCAAUGGGCAGCAGCGACUCAAAACUCAAUUUCAGGAAGGCAGUGAUUCAGCUUACGACCAAAACACAGCCCGUGGAAGCCACAGAUGAUGCCUUCUGGGACCAGUUCUGGGCUGACUCCACCACCACAAUCCAGGAUGUUUUUGCCCUGGUGCCAGCUGCUGAGAUAAGAGCUGUACGAGAGGAGUCCCCAUCAAAUUUAGCAACCCUGUGCUAUAAGGCUGUGGAGAAACUGGUACAGGGGGCAGAGUCUGGUUGUCCAUCUGAAAGGGAGAAGCAGGUCAUCCUGAACAGUACUCAGAUCCUGACCCGCAUUCUUCCAUACAUCUUUGAGGACCAAGACUGGAGGGGAUUUUUCUGGUCAACAGUGCCUGGUGCUGGUCAUGCUGGGACCGAUGAGUUGGAUGAAGAUGAUGGUGCUCGACCACUCGCUGAGUCACUGCUCCUGGCUAUUGCUGACCUUCUCUUCUGCCCAGACUUCACUGUGAACAGCCACAAGAGAGGCCCUGACUCAGUCGAGAGCAUGCAGUCUUUAGAUAGCUGUGAGUACAUCUGGGAGUCAGGAGUAGGGUUUGCUCAGUCUCCUCCUCUCAACUACAUCCAUGAUCUGAAUAGGACAGAGUUGCUGAGAUUGUUACUCACCUGCUUCUCGGAGGCCAUGUACUUGCCACCUUCAUCAGACAACCAUGUCCUUAAUCCUUGGGUGACAUUCUUCUGCUCUACAGAAAAUAGACAUGCACUGCCUCUGUUCACGUCUCUGCUCAAUGUGGUGUGUGCUUAUGAUCCGGUGGGAUAUGGCAUCCCAUACAACCACCUGCUUUUCUCCGACUACCGGGAGCAGCUGGUGGAGCAGGCAGUGCAGAUCCUCAUUGUAACGCUGGAGCAUGAUGGUGGGAAUCCCCACCCUCCUGCCUCACAAUCCAGCAUAGAGGAACAAGAGUCUACAGGUCCAGAAAAUCUAUUUGUGAAUUAUUUGUCAAGGAUUCACAGAGAAGAGGACUUCGACUUUGUGCUGAAGGGCCUUGCUCGUCUCCUGACCAAUCCUCUGACUCAGACCUACUUGCCUAACUCCACAAAAAAGAUCCAUUUCCACCAGGAGCUGCUGGUGCUUUUUUGGAAGCUGUGCGACUUCAAUAAGAAGUUCCUAUUUUUUGUCCUGAAGAGCAGUGAUGUGCUGGAUAUUCUAGUCCCUAUACUGUUUUAUCUGAACGAUGCCAGAGCCGACCAGUCACGUGUUGGACUCAUGCACAUUGGUGUGUUCAUUUUACUACUGCUGAGUGGAGAGAGAAACUUUGGCGUGCGCUUGAAUAAGCCAUAUUCCCUCCAUGUGCCAAUGGACAUCCCGGUCUUCACGGGGACCCACGCUGACCUGCUCAUAGUGGUUUUCCACAAGAUAAUCACGACGGGCCAUCAGCGUCUCCAGCCUCUCUUUGACUGCUUACUCACCAUUGUUGUGAAUGUUUCCCCAUAUCUGAAGAGCUUAUCUAUGGUCUCCGCCAAUAAACUGCUCCACCUGCUGGAAGCCUUUUCCACCAACUGGUUCUUGUUCUCCGCUGCACAGAACCAUCACCUUGUUUUUUUCCUCCUCGAGGCUUUCAACAACAUAAUUCAGUAUCAGUUUGAUGGAAACUGCAGUCUGGUGUAUGCCAUCAUCCGCAAGAGAAAUGUGUUCCACCAGCUGGCCAACUUGCCCUCUGACCCUUCUUCAAUCCAAAAGGCUUUGCAGAGGAAGAAGAAGACGCCCGAUGUAAUUUCUCGCACGAGUUCCCAAGAGACUGUAUCCAUGGAGGGCUCACACCCGGCUGUGCCAGCAGAGCCUGGCACGCUGAAGACCAGCCUCGUCGCUAUACCAGGCAUUGAUAAACUGACAGAGAAGUCCCAGGUAUCAGAGGAUGGCACAAUGGUGUCAGUCCCAAUAAAGGACUCCCCACACACAGUCCAUUCAGAGCAAAACGCAGCUGCUGGGACCAGUGACACCGAGUCAAACUCAGGCAGAGACAAUGAAGAUGUUUUCUACACGGAAGCAGAGAUGGAGAGAAGGCGUCUGUCAAGUGCAUCUUCAGCGUCUUUAUGGGCUCCCACGCCAGACUGGGUCCUCUCUUGGAAGUGCAAGUUACCCUUACAGACAAUCAUGCGUCUUCUACAAGUGCUCGUUCCCCAGGUGGAGAAGAUUUGCAUCGACAAGGGUCUGACAGAUGAAUCGGAGAUUCUGAAGUUUCUGCAGCAUGGCACAUUAGUGGGUUUGCUGCCAGUUCCUCAUCCCAUCCUCAUUAGAAAGUAUCAGGCCAACGCUGGCACUGCCAUGUGGUUUCGUACCUACAUGUGGGGUGUUGUUUACUUGCGCAAUGUGGAUCCUCCCAUCUGGUAUGACACUGAUGUCCGCCUUUUUGAGAUUCAGAGGAUGUAGAAAGAAAGCUUUUUUGACUCAAAAACAGACUGUGCUGACUCCAGGGUCCCUCCUCCCUUCAGUAUCUGCUGGUUUCCUGGUAAACUUCACUGUGUAAAACUUCCUCAUAAUCAUAAUGCCUGAACCUUUCACUAUCAAUGAAGGAAGAUUUGAUGUGUAAAGAAAAUUGUUCGUAUAUUUCUCUUAACUUCAAGACCACAGAAUGUCUGUCCAAACAUUACUGUUGUGUUUCCUGAAGGCCGAGCAUUUUCUCUUUACAUCUUAGAGGAGGAAACAUUUAACUAUCAGCAGAUUUCUAAUAGAGGACAUGUAACCUCUUUUGGAUGGCAAAGUAUCGAUGUUUCAUAUUUAUUUAUUGUUCUUGCUAUGCUUUAAAGUGAGCUUGCACCAUUGUAGGUCGUCUGUUACGGUUGUUGUUUAUGUGAUGUUUGGAGACAAUGAUACAGAUUAUAUGUUUUUAUGUAAAAGACCAGGGUUUAUUUUUGAUCUUGGUGGCAAUGCUCACAGUGCUUACUACAUAAAAUAUUAUUUUCCUGAAACUGUCCUUAAAAUAUAGAUUAUUAUUAAUGUGUCAGUUCUGUUUUGAUUGUAUUAUUGAACAGUGAACUUCAGCCGAAAAUCUUGAAAAUGUUUGAAUGGAUCCUGGCAAAAAUGAGCAUUAUAUAUUGGAAAUCUUGAAAUCUCAAAUUAAAAUUCUCAAAUGAGCGCUUUUGAAAGCAGCACUUUCCAAUAUUGGCCACUAGAUGGCACCAUUUUCCCAUUCAGAGCUCAACUUGUCAGGUACUCUUGCAUUACAUAAACUACAACUCAUUAAUUUAUUUUUCAAGAUAAGUCACUAAAUAUUUUGAUAACCAAUUAGAUUCAAUAUAGAAUGCUGGCAGCAUAUCAAACGUGGCCCUCAUGUGAACAAACAUAUGCUACCUAUUUGAAUUUAAACCUGUACAGCAAAGCAACCACUGAGCAUGCAUAAUGAGAUGUUCUUUAAAGUACUCACAGUAGAAAUAACCAUCCAAGUCAUUGUAACACAAUCACAACCAUUAAUUCCAGGAAAUCACAUUUAAAAAAAUGUGGAAACCA